AUGGUCACUCUUGCACUCUGGUCCCCGUGGGACCAGCUCCAGCAGAAGAUCAUAUGCCCUGGGCUCGUGACUUGCCUGACCGCUUCUCCCAAUGGUCUGUACAUCCUGGCAGGCAUCGCUGAGAGCAUCUAUCUGUGGGAGGUCUCCAGCGGGAACCUCCUCGCCAUCCUGAACCGCCAUUACCAAGACCUCACGUGCCUCUGCUUCACCGAUGACAGCAGCCACUUCCUCUCGGGAGCCAAGGACUGCCUGGCCCUGGUGUGGAACCUGUACAGUGUGCUGCAGGUGGAGAGCACCCAGAUCCCUGACCCCCGCCAUGUGUGGUCCCGGCACACCCUCCCCAUCACAGACCUAUGCUGUGGCUUUGGGGGGCCCCUGGCACGAGCUGCCACCGCAUCACUCGACCAGACGGUGAAGCUCUGGGAGAUCUCCUCUGGUGAGCUCCUGCUCUCCGUCCUCUUCGACGUGGGCAUAACGGCGGUGACCCUGGACCCUGCUGAGUACCACCUGUUCUGUGGUGGUAUGGACGGCUCCGUCUUCCAGGUUGAACUGUGUGCCUGGCCUGUUCAGAGGGACCGGAACUUCCAGACGGAGCGGGAGAAUGGGAAGACCUUCAAGGGACACAGGAACCAGGUGAGCUGUCUGUCCGUCUCCACGGAUGGUAGCCUCCUGCUCUCUGGCUCGCACGAUGAGACAGUCCGGCUGUGGGAGAUCCAGAGCAAGCAGUGCCUGCGGACGGUCACCCACAAAGGCCCGGUCACCAACGCCUUCAUCGUGCUGGCCCCGGCCAACAUGUUGCACCCGGACAGCAAGCCCAACGUGCCUCUGCCCAAGUUCAGCAAGCACCUGCAUGGCACCGAGAGCAGCGAUGCGCAGGGUGGUGAGGGGGUGACUCUGCGGCUUGGGCUGCACCAGCAGGGCUCUGGGGAGAGCUACCUGGAGAGGGCCGAGCGGCUGUACUCGCAGAUGUGCUCCACACGGGAAAAGAACCUGAUGGGAGACCAGGAGCAGCUGAAGAUCCAGGUGACGGACCUGGAGGAGGAAGUGCAGACCCUGAGGAAAAUCAACAAGAACCUGUUUGAAUUCUCUGCCCGUUUCCUCACCAAAUCGGCCAAGUAAGAGCCCACCCCACGCCCAGCCCUGCUCGCUUUCCUGCCCGCUCACAGGCAUGUGAGCACACGUGGCGCCUGUGUCCGAGCAGCCCUCUGCCAAAGACUGCACGCUUCAGAGUGCACAGGUCCUUGGACACGCGCUGCCCAGGCCGUCGCAUGUACCUGGUUGCACGUGGCUCCAUCUGGGCGUGUCGGGGGAGCGCAGGGUCCACGUGGAACCAUGCCGCAGGGCACAAGGCUUGGGCAGCCAGGACCAGAGACACUGAGAGGACCUGGGCUCCCUCGGACUCCUCCUCGAAUAUGCUGUGUGCACAGGCCUGUGGGCUCACCCCAGCCUCUGCAGGUGCCCCACGGGGUCCUGGCAAUGGGGCGGCAGGAGAGGACACCCCCACUGCCAUCCAGUUGAUGCUGCCUUGUGACGCUGAAUCCAGCGCUGCCAGGAAGUAGGGUUGGACUCCUGUCAGCAACAGCCAGACAGAGCUGCUGAGGUGCAAGCCCCCCUCAACUCGGGCAGGAUGGAGGGACGUGGCUGCACCCCCUGCCCUCCCAAGGUGCUUUGAGGGUCUGGGAGCAGGUUAUUCCAGGGUGCGCAAGUAACUUCAUGGGGAGGGCAGUGAGGGGCUACCUGACUGGCAGAGGCAGGCAAACCCCAGCCUGCUCUCUCCAUCUUUUUCUUUCCCCUGCCCCAGGUCCAGUAAUUUGGUUUCCGUGUUGGUGGCAGAUCUGCCGCCGUUCCCUUUUGUAUGCUGUAGCAUAGCCUGGUGGGUUUCAUAAAUGACAGGUUUUGUAGCGCGA